UCUCACUUGCUCCGAUGGCUUCCACCAGCAGUCUAGCCGCACGCGUUCUCCUGGUGCUGGCGGCCGUGGCCGCCUUGGCCACUGCCAAAAGAGGCUGUUCUGCCUUUGGUCACUCAUGCUUCGGCGGGCACGGAAAGCGCUCAGACGGCGGCGGCGGAGAGCAGAUGCCGCCAGAGCUGCCCGCUCUCGAGACGUUCGUCUAUCCGGCUGGACCUGACUCCUUCCAACCUUUACUUCCACCUCGCGGCGAGCCCACCCUCCGAAGGGCGCAGCCUCUGAUCGCCAUCGACAGGUUGCCCCCUGCUCUCAGACAAUGGUUUGAAUCAGUGGCAGCCCGGUCAGCCGACGGCCUUCCGGUGCUGGAGCGUCGCAAGAAAUAAUCAACCCUCGCUAGAAACCAUACCGACUCUAUUUGAGUGACCCCAACACCUCAUCUCAUGAUUUCCAUCCGGGCCACGCGUCUGCCGUUCGUUCUCAUCAACCCCUAUAGUGAAAAAUCAAAACAUCGCUUCCAUGAAGGCUGGGACUUUGGAUUGAGUUUACCUUCACUCUCUAUGCGAAAUUCCUUUCAUCGUUUCGUAGUUCGACACAUACACACACAAAAUUUGAAAUUCAAAGUAUUGCUUGGAUAUAUAUAAACGUCACGGGGUAAGGCUCUAAAAGGGGUCGCACUUUAUUCUCCCUUCCACGCGUGCCGCCUGUGACAUCAGCAACGGAGACUCGGCCAAUGAGCCAAAGGUGUCAAAUCCUUUAUUAUUGGUCGGCUGGGCGUCGGAAAUUGCAUGAAUUUAGUAGCAUUCAAAAGCUACGCUCUUCCUCGACCAAACGCAACAAAAACGACAUUCCGUUCUCGUUCAGGAGCCGCGCACACAGCGAGCAAAACGACGUCGGAAUUUGAUCUGUAAUCCCACAUGCCAUGAAUAUCAUUUUCUGCUCUGGGAAAUUAAACGAGCUUUCCAGUGAUUUUUUUUGCUCUUUUUAUCCCUGUCCGAGGACCGGGAAGGGCGCGCACUGCACUGGCACGAAUGCUGAAACCCGGGUGCCAAUAACACCGCGAACGGAUAACAUGGGCGCGCAGGGCCCACUCAAGGGCCACUUGCCUCCGCACCGAGGACUGCAUUGAAACGCUAUCUAGACAUUCGUCCCGUGAAGCCAAAUCACGCAUGCUGGAAAGGUGCAAACCAGCAAGUAGCGAGUCGGCGCCGGUGCGCCUCCCAGCCUGUCGAGCAAUUUGAGCAUUUCGAGUCACUAAACUAACCACUUUUGCAAUGCGAGCCAACGAGCUGGUUUGGGAAAAUUAAACGAGCUUUCCAGUGAUGUGAUUAAAAAAUUUUGAAAAUAGUUUUUUCAAAUAUCGAUAUUUUUUCAACUCCAAGUCUCGGGUUCUAUUAACCAUCAGAAUUGCAAAACCUACGCGAUCACCCCUGACGAGCUGAAGGGGUGCUUGCCCUCCGCCGCUUUUUUACUUUUAUCGCUGGGGUUGACGAAGUAUAGCAACUUAGGGGUGGAGGGUCGGCACCCCUAAACCUUCCAGUUCGUCAGGGGAGGUCGAGUUUAAUCGUUGCAAUAAUAACGAUAUUUGAAAAAUUCCUUUUAUCUAACAUUUUUCUGCGCGGAGAUCGCUAUUAUUUGGAAAGUUUGAGGCCAACAAAAUUUGUUAAGCACACUACUGGAAAGCUGGUUUAAUUUCCAAGAAAAUGAUGAUGAUAAGUGGGGUUACAGAUCAAAAUUCCGACGUUGUUUUGCUCGCUGUGCGCGGCUCCCGAACGAGAUUUCGUUUUUGUUGCGUUUGGUCGAGGAAUAGUGUAGCCACUUCUUUUAGAGCCUUAGAAACACCCCGUGAUAUAAACGUACAUAAAUAAAUAGUGAUUAUGAUGAUAGUGUAAUAUGUUGAAAUAGUCCAGGAUAAUAAUGUUAAAUAGCGCAAAAUAAAAUCGAGGUUGGUCAUUCUUUAUCAUAUUAAACUUCAUUGUGGAUGUGAA